AUUAAGAAUCUUGUUAAUCCCAGAACAAAACCAGGAGCAGAUUCAGGAGCUCGUGUUCUUUCUAUCUGUCUGGAACUUUCUGUAUCUUGGCUGUGUAUUCGUGUGGGUCUGUACGCAUCCGCACAGUACCGUAUCCUUGGAUUCAUGCUCAUCCACACCCAACCCUUUGAGCUCCACCACAAAAUACAUGUUCCAAAUACUGAUUUUUCAGAUUUAUCAUUUCUGCUCGUCGCUGCCCAAACCUUUCUGUCCCACCAUAAAGUACAUCUCUUUCUGACAAAGUAGUCACCGUUUGGGCUUUGAGCGCAGAUUGCUCUUUUGUUAUUCUAGUUGGGCUAAAUUCCUGGGUUUUCAGGCUUCCUCUGAAAUCCGAUGCCAUUUGUAUCACUCGACCUUAUCCAAAUAUCCUCGAAUUGAAUUCCCUGAUUCUGGGACUUGAAAUUCCAUGAAUUUGAAUUCCAGUUCUGGGUUUGACAUUGCGUUUCUCUCCCUUAAUCUCUCCCAGAAAAUUUACAAAUUCAGGUUCAAAUUCAAGCUUUAACCCCAAAUUCAGUUUCCGGGUUUGGUUCUCUUUGAUCAAAGAUCUAAACUUUUGGAUCCAAAUUCGGGGGUUUAGGUUCCGGGGUUGAAAUGGGUGGUAAUAUAUCUGUCGGCGUGUCGGACACGGAUCCUCCGUUGAAGCUCAGGCUGGGGGAUAUGCCUGAGAGUUGUGUGGCCUUGGUUCUGAUGUACUUGGACCCACCCGAGAUUUGCAAAUUGGCGCCUUUGAACCGCGCUUUUCGGGCAGCUUCUUCGGCGGAUUUUAUAUGGGAAUCGAAAUUGCCUCCGAACUAUCGGUAUAUUGUGGAGAAAGUGUUUGAUGAGGAAACUUUGGUGAAAUUGGGGAAAAGGGAUAUCUACGCCAGGCUUUGCGGACCUAAUCCCUUUGAUAAUGGCACAAAGGAACUUUGGCUGGAUAAAAGUACGGGCGGCGUUUGUUUGUCGAUUUCGUCGAAGGGUCUUCGAAUAACCGGAAUAGAUGACCGGAGAUACUGGAAUCACAUUUCAACUGAGGAAUCUAGGUUCCAGACGGUGGCGUAUCUCCAACAAAUCUGGUGGUUGGAAGCAGACGGUGAGUUUGAGUUCCAAUUCCCUGCUGGCACAUACAGUCUGUACUUCAGACUCCAGCUUGGCAAGUCCUCCAAGAGAAGGGGACGUCGGGUUUGUAAUUCCGAGCAUAUCCAUGGCUGGGAGAUAAAACCUGUAAGCUUCCAGCUAACAACUUCUGAUGGUCAGCAUGCUGUGUCCAAGUGCUAUUUGGACAAUCCUGGGAGCUGGGUCAACUACCAUGCGGGAGACUUUGUUGUUGGGAGCACCAAUGCAUCAUCGAUGAAGAUCAAAUUUUCAUUGACUCAGAUCGAUUGUACUCACACCAAAGGUGGUCUCUGUGUAGACUCUGUGUUCAUAUACCCCAAAAAUGUAGGGAAAGAGUCUAGAUUGUUUUUAUAGGCAGGAGAGCUGUAAAAAUAUAUAGGUGUGCCGCCCAAUAGAUGCUUGGCUUCCCUAAAAGGAAGGACAUUCAAAUAGAGGUCUUGUUUAGGGGCCCAUAAUGUUCUUUCCAUGUAUAAUUGUGUAAUCUUUGCUUCUAUAUAUUGUUAGUUAUUUGGAUUGUUUGCAGUUGUUUUUGACCAAAUUAAUAAGAUUGUCAAAUGCGUGCUUUAUCUUU